AUUUACCACUCUCUAGGCUUUUGUUGGCCACAGAUGUUGAGCGACGUCUCCAAAGUGCGCGGUCGCUUUCGCUGCCAAGUGGAUUUGUGGAGAGAAAGGUGGACCUGGAUUGCGGCUUUGCACACCUCGGCGUGGUCGUGUCUGUUUUUACUGUGCGUUUCUCGUCCACAGUGCCGACACGGCAUUCCAGCACUGUCUACGCGUGCGGCCCCGUUUCACGUCCUUAGAAAGAGAGCAAACCGCUCAAAAAUCGUAGGAUUCGCCAUUGGUUGCCUAGACGCUGUUUUAGUUCUUUAGUUCUUGUGUCACCAAGCGUGUGUGUACGGCACAGUCUGGUGUCAAAAUGGCGCGCGGGUUUCCCUCGAGUUCCGAGCUCGAGACGGAAACUCCGGACGACCUUAGCAUUUUAGGUGAUAGUAGGCUUUCCUCAAACUUGACCGAGCGUUCUGGCUCGACUGCAGGAAGCGUGGCAACUCCAAAGUCAACUUGCUCGUCUGAACUGCGGGCGUCGGAUCUCAUCCUCGAUUCUUUGACUCUUGGGGUUUCCCAGGAGGGCGUGGUGCCUGGCGGAAGCACGACCUGCAUGAAACCGUAUUUCGCACAACGUACAAAUCAGGAUGCAGCUGUUUUUCGUCAGGAUACAGACGAGGUUGGAGAAUGUUGCAGCGAGUCGCCGGAGAAGCAGCCUCAGAAAAGCCGGCUUCACGCUUUCGGUACCGGAGUGCACCCAAACAUUAGGGAGUCUCCUAUGACCGGGAUGCUAACGCCCAGUUCCCAUAUUUCUACCCCGGGAUCGGUGACGGAUGACUGCGCAAAUUCAAACCCAAGUACGGCUCGCAGCAAACAAGCGCACGGAAGGCAUGUGUCUCACAUUGUGUCGCACAGUAUGGUGGUCCCGACCGAGCUGUCUGCUCACGAGGUGGUUUACUUGAAGAUGCUCUAUUACUACAAACAGAAAUCCCGAUCGGCGCGGGAGAAUCUCUGGGGACCUUCCGACUUGUGCUUCCAUUGCUGUCGACGAUAUAAAUCAGUUGAUCCUAAAGCCGAUUCCCUCCUGGAUGACCUGAAGCGACACGGAGGUCUUCACGCCGCGUAG